AUGAAAGUUCAAGGUAUUUUUACAGAAAUCUCUUCGAUUUGUGUAUCACUUCGGCAAGCCACCAAACAAUGUGAUCGCAACUCGAUCUCGAUUAGUUUUGUACCGGCGAGUUAUGACGACCAAUCGAUUAAAAAUUUCCUCACCAAUUGUCGGGAUGGUAACUAUAGCACAUUAAAUAAUAUUAAUAAAUUAGAAUUCCAAUAUCACGAUCAAAUAUCUAUCUGGUGGUAUACUUCCGGAACCUUUCUAUAUUCUAUGCUCAAUCGAGCAUUGCGCACGGUGGAAAUCGAUACCAUUAUUAAAACGGGCAUCUUCGUUCAUGAUCUUCAUCACCACAUCGAACAGCUGCACCAGGAGCAGUUUAGUGGUCAGGAGAAACCACAGUUUACUGAUUAUCGUAGUCAAUGCUUGCCUAAGGUUGACUUUGAGAAAUUACUCAAAAGCAGAGAUGGACUUAUGUCGUUUAACAAUUUCUUGUCAACAAACCGUGAUCCAGACAUGGGUGUUUUCUACGCUACCACUAAUAUAACUAAUUAUAAUGUCAUAACCAUUCUCUUGGAGAAAACUGUUGAUCCACCAAAUCCAUCGAUGCCAUUUGCCAGUGUUGGUCACGUAAGCAUAUUUGGUUCAGAAAAUGAAAUACUCUUCUCAAUGCAUAACGUUUUUCGCAUUGAAAAUAUCGAACCAGUAGACAUUGAGAACAAUCGAAUGUGGAAAGUAGAACUAAAACUCACGAGUGAUGCAGAUCAGCAACUAAGCGCUCUCGCUAAACUGGUGCGAGAAGAAGCACAUCCAGGUUCAUCAAGUUGGCAUCGAAUGGGUGAAUUACUACUUUUACUCGUCUAG